AUGUGGUGUCCUGCUGUUGUAGUGUCCAACCUAUGCAGUGUCUAAUUUUUGUGUUUAACCUUUUAGACACAACAUUGUCUCCCUUUUGCAAUGCCCAAGUUUCCAAGCUAUCUUUUGUAUUGUUCAACUUAUGUGGUGUCCAAGCUAUGCAAGAACCAGCUUUUGUGGUGUCCAACUCAUGAAGUAAAAACAUGGCAGCGUCUAGCAAAAGGAGUGUCUUCAAUUUGUAAUAUCCAAGCUAAGGAGUGUUUGAACCAUAGCAGUACCUAAGGUAAGGAGUGUCCGGCCUACAAUAUGUAGCUUUCAUCCCAAGCGUUCAGCCAAGAGUUCAACUAAUGCACUAUGCAGCUUAUGGAAUGUCUGUUACAUGUAUUUUCCAAUCUAUACAGUCUUCAAACUAUCAUGUGUCUAACAAAAGAAAUGUCUAAUCUAUGGUGCGUCUAAUUUACACAGUUUCAAACUAUAUGACUAUCCACCCUCAUCUAUGUUUAUAUCCAGCCUGAUGAGUGUCUAACCAAAAGAGUAUCCAGCCUGAGCAGUUUACAUCUGGUUAACUAUAUAAUCCAAUAUUCUGACCUAUUUUUUUUCUUUAUAUGGACAGAUAUAGACUGCCUGUUUGUUGAUGGAUAUAAAUUACAACUUAACUGCAUGUUUGGCUUUGAAAACAGAAUGUAUUUGAAAGUCGUUCUUUCGUAGGUAUGUUUGUUGUACAUGAAAGAGCAACAAUUUCACAAGAGCAUAAGAACUGUCAUUCUAGUAGUUUUUUUUUCAUUAGCUUUUACCAAAGAUUGGUUUCACAGGUUCAUUCGUAUUUGUUAUAUUCGUUCCUUUUGCCUUACUUACAUGGCAGCUAAUUGUUAAGUUGCAUAGACCCAGAUCUGUGUGAAUUAUAAUAUGAAUGUCAGUCGAUCAGUUAUAGUAUUUGGGUACUUUUAAUAUAUGUAUACAGAGACAUAUACAUUCAAUUAAACACAUGCGAACAAUGCUCCUGUUUCUUGCUCCAUAUUACACCGACAUUACUACACAAUGUUUGUUAAAACAUUUAAAUAUCCCCUAUGACAUUUUUUUCUUUCUUUUUGCGACAUCAGACUGGACGAAUCACCAUUCAGGUCCCUCCUCUUCUCUGUGCUGAACAAGCAUCAAAGAGUCGCAGGCAAAUCUCAACAAAAGAAAGCACUCCAGGAAAGCCCAGGGCAUCUCAGAAGGCAAACUGGAGCUGUGUUAUAUUGUGUGACUAUCUCUCUAUUCAGCUGCUGUCCCUGUGUCGAAGGUCAAUACGAACAGGAGUCAGAGAAUGCUGUUACCAUGGCAACGUUUCAGCGUAGUGGAGCUGCCUCUACAGACACUUACCUGAAGUACCUUGGCGAAAUACCAGAGCUUGCCCAGCUUACCUUCUGCUUCCGCUUAUAUCUCACUCAAGCACGUGAUGAAAUCAUAGUGCUUUCAUAUGCCCAUCCUGAACAUGACGACGAAUUAUACAUUGGGUUUCAUUACAGAAAUAAAAAGCUGAUGAUGAGAUGCUGCAAUCGCAAAUGGGAACGGGAUGUGAGGUUGAAAUUGGAACUUCGUAGCUGGUCAUCCAUUUGUGUGGCUUUGGACCUUGGUGGUGGGAAUAAUGAAGUCCUUCAGGAUGGGUUAAUCAAAUUUGGAGUCGAGAACGACAUCCUUGAUCCUCUUCAUGUGCGUGGUGGGGGUAUGUUAUACAUUGGCCAGGAACAGGAUCGGCCUGGAGGAGGAUUCACCAGGACCCAAAGCUUUGCAGGAUCCUUGGUGGAUUUACGCCUUUAUGAUAAGACCCUGUCUAAAGAUGGUAUGGAAAACUACACCAAAUGUGAACCUAUGCAUGUCUCUACAAUACCUAUUUUUUCCUUUGCUGAGAUUACCAAUGAUUUCGAAAAUAGCAAAGUUGAAAUAAAAAGAGAGAGCAAUAACCACUUCUGCAGCAAGCAGACGCCCUACGAUAUCUUAUUUCCGGAGGUACAAACCUUUCAUCAGGCUUCUCAUUUCUGCCAUGCCCUCGGAAGCACCUUGAAGGUACCAAAGAAUAAAGAUGAAAACACAGCCCUUAAUAAACAAUAUCUUUCGCAUGUCAACAGUUGCAGCAGCAUUUGGAUCGGAAUUCAGCGUAAUGUGACUGGAAGGUACUGGUAUGACAGAACAAACCAGAGGAAAAUCACCUAUGCUAACUUUGGGAACCAAGUGGCAUUCGAUGAUUCUGAGGCCUGUGCAUCAUUCAAACGAAGCCAAGACACUGUUUCUUCAGGUGGAUGGUCCCCCAGAAGCUGUACAAUGGAAUUCUGUGCCGUCUGUCACUCUGAUAAAAUCUCAUUCUUAAAGCUGCGUGGACUAUGUGAAAGGUCACUCUUUGACCAUGAAUACUUUCUCUCUGAUGAGAAAGGUGUACCUGUAUUUAACGGAGUGUACUAUUCUAUCAUGACCAAACAUCUUCCCCCUGAAAAUGCUUCAGCAUCUGAUUUUGGCUACUGGCAGUUGUUGCGCCUAGAUAACCCCAGCAUUAAUGCAACAUUCCCCCUGAAGUUCCCUACUCACUACCCGGUGGGCCUUAAUAACUGGACAGUGAGCAAUGAUGCUUGUGGCAGCCAUGAAGUCAUGCUCAGAAUGACCUCAUGCAUGGAACAUCAGUUUUCCUGCGAUGACGGAACUUGCAUCCCCAUCCACCAGCGAUGCAACAAGGAAAUCAACUGCCUCGAUGAAUCGGAUGAGAUCUCUUGUGACUUCUUGUCUUUUCCAUCUAUGUAUGACGAAAAGUCGCCACCGCCACGCCUCCACCUGUCUACCCCAGUUAAUGUAUCUGUUUAUGUCCUGCUCCUGUCGAUGCGUGCCUUUGACCUCACAGGUUUCAAUUUUGUGUGCGAAAUCGAAGUGCGUUUCUCGUGGAAGGACUCUCGGCUGAUGCUGAACCACCUCAAGACAGACAGCUCACUGAACAUCAUUCACCUGACAGAGCAAAAGCCUUGGAUGCCCAAAGUGGAGUUCUUUGGAGAUGCUUUGACCACAAGCAAUGUAAUUACGCGCCAUAGCUUCCUCAUGGCUCUGCGGAACACAGACCCUUUGCCUGACAACAAUGAAAAGUUAUGGGAAGAUGAGACUUUCGAAGGCCGUCAUAAUCCACUGGUGUUGGUGCAGAAGCUCACUGUCACAACUUCAUGUCAGUUCGAUCUCAUAACGUUCCCCUUCGACACACAGUCAUGCAAAUUGGGUAUGGUGUUGGGAGGGCUGACAAAGGACUACAUCGCUCUCGUGGCUGAAGGACCAGGCGUCAAGUACAUCGGCAAGAGGAAACUGAUGGCGUACUAUCUGAAGGAGGAAGUCAUGAAGGCUGAGGAUGUGGGAAACUACAGUGGUCAAGUGAUAGAGAUGAAAUUCCGCAACCUCUCCACCUUCUACGUCACGUCAACGUACAUCCCGACCUUCAUCAUCGUCGUCAUCGGGUACAUCGUCUUCUUCUUUCCCGUCGAGGAUUUCAACGAGCGCAUAAUGGUGGCUCUGACGGCGCUCCUGGUCGAGGCUGCCUUCUUCACGCAGAUGAGUGCCUCGAUUCCCCAGACAGCUUACCUCAAGUUGAUGGACAUUUGGUUUGUGUAUUGCAUCACCAGCCUCUUUUUGGUUGUUGUUACUGUUGCCUUCAUCAACUGGUGCAAGAAAAGUGCCCCUGGCUGCUUGCUGUGGAUCAGGAAAAAAAACGGCAGAGCCUCUGAGAGACUACAGGCUCGUCGAACUGCUCUCGCCUUCAGGUUGAACACCCUUUGUCGCAUCGUCUGCCCCAUUCUCACCGGUCUAUUUUUCAUCGUCUACCUGACCAUGGCCGCACUCAUCGAAAUACCUAAGUUACCCAUUGAAAUUCCGAAUUAUCAAAGUUUUCUUUCUUAGCGACGCGAUUUCUUGGAUGGAGGAGGUCAAGUGGUGCCUUUAGGGUGAGGGAGUCUUAGCAGGGAAAGAGCCAGUAUUGGUCGAUGGAGCUGCGGUUCCACUGG